AUGCAUCACAAAGCUCUCGCCGUCCUUUUUCUGUCUGCCACUGCGCUGGCCACUCCCGAGCUCGAGAAGAAGCAGUAUGGGGACUCGUCCGACGACUACUACAGUAGUCUGAUGAGCAACCUCCACAGCAUCAACCUCCCCUCCAACUAUCAAGACUACAUGCCGAGCUCCUCCAGCGACUCGGCCAGCGAGAAGACUACUGAAAAGCCCACCGCUGACGACAGCACCAUGACCACUUCUGACAACAAGCCCACCGGCUCGGGCGACCAGUCGUCCAUCACCGAGCCCCCAAGCGCGUCAUCGAUGUCCAUCGACAUGCCUCCUCCCUCCAUCCAGUCGGUACUGAUGACCGCCGUCCCGGCCUCAUUCCUCUCGCAGAUGUCGAACCCGUCUGCGCGCUCGUCCAUCAUCCAUGAGAUCGAGGACGGCAACUACCCAAAGUGGUACCAGACUCUGCCUGCCAGCGUCAAGAACUGGGUCUCUGACCAUUGGGCCACGGGUGCCCCGACUGAGGGUGGCUCGGGGUCGGGCGGCCAUAACGCCGCCUCUGCUCCUGCGGGGACUGCUGCCCUGGGGCUUAUGGGUGCGGCUGGUAUCCUGGCCCUGGCUGUGAUGUUGUGA